AUGAAUAAAUUUUAUAUUAAAAUUUCUUUUUUUCUUUUAACCACCUUCGUAUAUGUGAAUAAUAAGGCCCUUGCAACUGAGCUUGAUACAUUCGAUGCUUCUUCAGAAAAUGUUUUAAAGCUGCUCAUAUAUAUGAAAAAUAAUAAUCUUAUAACGGAACCAGUUCCAAGUAUGGAAUCUUUAGUCAAAUCAAUUUUAGCCCAAAUUGCUUCACAUAAUGCUACUUCAAAUAAUGUUAUUCCAGAAAAAGUUGAUUCAAGGAAUACUACUCCAGACAAAGAACACCUAGACUCCAUUAUUCCAGAUAAAGAAUAUAUAGAUAGUCUUAUUCCAAACAAAGAAUAUCUAGACUCCAUUAUUCUAGACAAAGAAUAUAUAGAGAGUCUUAUUCCAAACAAAGAAUAUCUAGACUCCAUUAUUCUAGACAAAGAAUAUAUAGAGAGUCUUAUUCCAAACAAAGAAUAUCUAGACUCCAUUAUUCUAGACAAAGAAUAUAUAGAGAGUCUUAUUCCAAACAAAGAAUAUCUAGACUCCAUUAUUCUAGACAAAGAAUAUCUAAACUCCAUUAUUUCAGGCAAAGAAUCUCUAGACUCCAUUAUUCCAGACAAAGAAUAUCUAAACUCCAUUAUUUCAGGCAAAGAAUCUCUAGACUACAUUAUUCCAGAAAAAGAUGCUUAA